CGCGCGGGGCUGACGCCUUUUUCUUUCAUGCUGCACGGAGCGCGUGCUAUUUUUAGUAAAGUUGGAUCGCAGUCAAGACGCUGUUCGCGUUAAAGCGAGACGACAUGAGUGACUCUUCCAAGGAUCCCGUGUCUUCCGCAGACAAGGACGGGGCGGAAAGGCGCGGUCGCGGGAGACCCCGGAAACACCCCCAGCAGGAGGCGAGCGGGUCCCCCACACCAAAGAGACCGAGAGGACGACCAAAAGGAAGCAAAAACAAAGCAAGCUAUGCGCUAACCAAGAGCAAAAAAUCAGCUGCUGCCGCAGCACCUGCAGGGACAAAGCGCCGAGGAAGGCCCAAGAAAGCGGAGAAAGAAGAGCAGGCUUCCAAGUCUUCUGAGGAAGAGGAGGACGAGGAGGAAGACGAGCAGUAAUUGGUGAUCAGUGCUACCUCAUAACUCAAAUGUAUGACUUCCCCUUGACCAGAGCUGGACUGAACCCAUCAACCCCGUUACAAAAAAGACAAAGGAAAAAGAGUGCCACUCUGUCUCCGCCAGCACCAUCUCCUCCACUUCUAUGCUCUGGUGCCCCCUAGUGACAGGGAGGCUUGCACACUACAUGCAUCUUUUUCUCUGCAACACCACUGGAAAAUAAGUCGACCGCUGGGUUGUGUAUGUGCGUCAGCUCAUGUAUGCGUGUCAGAUAGUUGUCGGUCAUACUGGACAAAAACAUGUUCUGACAGUUCUCUUAUACGUUAGGCAGUUUUAACACGAAGAAAGGGCAGGGCUUCUGAUUUUUUGCUUUUAAAGUGAGUUUAGCUUAAUUCUUUCUGUGGUUCACAUAUACUGGACAAAGGUGAAUCAACCUACUUUUUAUAUGGGUGCGGUGGAGUUAGAGGAGAUUGCUGUUCUUGCCUGUUUGUCCUCUUUUAGACAUGAGGUGGCACUAGAGUAAGGUAUAAAUGUGUAAGCAUAAUCGAUACUCUUUUUGUUUCGUUUUUGUUUUUACCUUGACAUUCAUCAUAUCAUUUGCAGUUAGGAAGUCCAGGAUGGUCUAGGACAGACCUAAGCUGACCAUUUCAAAAAUGUUUCUGCAAGCAUUAACCUGCCCUUCCCUGUGUUUUAAAGGGUGUGUUGUUUACCUGUUUAUGUAAGACUGGGAUGAACUAGCGACUUAUUCAGUGGGUUCUUAGAAAGUGCUAGAUUCCCCCCCCCCCCCAAAAAAAAAAAAAAAAAUUCCUUCAGCAUUAUUGAGAUUGUCCACAAGGUGGCACCAUUCAGUGUCCUAGUACUGCUACUACAUAGCCUGGUUUCUGAAAUAUUCUCUUGUUGGGGUUUGGUUGGUUUGUUUUUUCCUUCUGGUAGUGCUUUUUGUGAACAUAGUUUUUAAACUCCGUGUCAGGGAACGCUGAUCGGUCCAGUGACUGAGUUUCUCAGAACUUAAUGCUGCUACAAACACGGUUAAUAAACCCCGGAAUACUGCAACCCGGCCGGUCCUACACUGGACACGGUCUUCACAGUCAUACCUCACUUUAUGGCAGUUUAGAAUUACUUACUUUUAACAACUGACAUUCAACUGGUCUCAGUGCAGCCUUUGGCAGUGUGUGUGAGCAAACUGGUUUUGUUUCUUACUUUGUCUUUCCAAGUGGUGUCCAGUUGUCCUUUAGUUAUUAGUUUUCUCUUAUUAGUUUGUGUGAUGUCACUGCAAGACUUUUUAUUUUGAAGUUUAGUGAGCUUGCUUAUAACAGUGUGCAUGUCCAUGCACGGCAACAGACUUCCAUGUUACUUGUGACUUUAGACACGCCACAGGAACGAGUCAAAGAGAGGAAAUACAUCUUUUCUUGCAAAACAUUUGCCCACUGGGUGUGGGCAUAAAAAGGGUUGCACUGACACCGCAUUACCAUAGCAACGAACUUUUUAUCAGGAGGGUAAAGUUGCUCAGUGUUUACCUUACUGAUUGCAGAUGAGCUGAAGUAUUGCUGAGCUUAACAUCACGUAAGCCCUGUCUAACUGUCCCGCCAUCAAAACCAGGCGAUUUGUCAGUAGUCUGUCCCAACAGAUGCUUCCGAUUCAGUUUUUGGGUUUUGUUUGUUUUUGUCUGGGUCAGCUGGGGGGUAGUGCCCCAUGUCACUUAAUUGGCUUUUAAGUUUUGUUCACGUUCUUGUUCUGUGCACUAAAUCGUAGUGUCGGUUGGUCCGAGGGCAGCACGGCUUGUACGCGUGCGAGGCUGCAGGCGUGUAUGAAUCCGUCCUGCACCUCUUACGCUUCACGUCCUCAUUUAUACGUUGGUACUAUAGCCGUUUGGUGUUUUUUUUUUUUUAAAUAUAUAUAAAUAUGGAUUUUCCAACCAUGGGAAUAUGGCUGUUUGUUUCAUCCCUGCACACACCGGGAACAGUCUCUUCAAUGUACAAACUCUGUAUUUUUUUAUUGUGGCCUGCAAAAAUUUGUAUUCAGACUGGUAAUAAAGUAAACUGUUCAUAUG